AUGUGGAGGCGGGAAGGAACUGCAUCCCUUAUUCGGAGCAUCAGGGCGCGGCACUGCAUGGCAGCAGCGGCUCGCCGUGCGCUCCAUCGGCGAGGUGCAACCGACUGCAUUCAUCAGAAGGGUUUGGGUGGCGACGCACAUGGCCUAUUUGGCAGAAGCUGUAGCAGCUGGGCUCCUACAGGCCCUGGGGGAGUUCCUGAAGAUGGCGAAAAAGGGACAGAACGGCGGAACGGCAGACGUGCAAAAACACGUGAUUGUGUAAACAGUUCGAAUAACACAUCGUUUUGUACAGAGAUAAAUGCAGAAACGAAGACUCCAGAGGGAAGCGACAGGCCGUUCCUUCCAGCUGCAGUGAUUGAAGGGGAAAAACCAGCAGCCCCUAAUUGGGGCUUUGCCCCUAUCCCCUUCGUGGCUUCUGGCCGGUCGAUGCCUGGUCAGAGACUUCUGGCUUGCUCCCGCGAGGAUGUGGCAAUUCUGGCAAAAGCGGAGGCGAAGUACCCAUCACCACAAGAAGUGGAGGGGGGAAUAAUUGUUCGCAUUAUUGCUGCUAAAGAUGCUCAGAAAGUCACGUCCCCAGUACUGAGAGUCGUGAGAAACCGCCAGUAUGGUAUCCGCAAGGGUGAGAGGCUGCGUCUAGCUGUGGGCGGAGCCCUCUUUAGCGGUGUGUUGGCCGCACUCGGCUUUUGGCAGCUGCAGCGCAUGCAUGAGAAACAAGAGAUCAUUGAAUACAGAAGGAACCAUCUCUCCAGGCAGCCUAUCGUCAUCACUGCCUCCCCCUUCCCAUGGACGCUCAGUGCUGCCGCCCACGCCAAUGUUCGUGCAGGGAAGCGGAGCGAGGACCUUGCAGUAGAGCUCCCUAGGAGCAACACAGCAGAAUGGCAUAGGGAGCCAACGGCUGCUACACCAUCCACCAACCAGAGGCUUCCCGCAUUAGAAUCAGCAGAGUGCCAGCGCAGUAGCUCUCCUUCCGCGCAUCCUGAGCAAUCUGGUGAUGCUUAUGCCCAGAAGCCGCAGGAAGGAGCAAAAGAGUUGAGAGCGGCAGAAAGACGAACACAACGCAGCGGUCGCCUGCUUGCCAGGGCCUCUGCGGAGGAUGUGGAAGUAGCAGUAAGGGAGUGGGCGUACACCCCAGUGGUGCUCCACGGGGUUUUGGACAGCAGCACGGAACUGCUCGUGGGGCCACGUCCAGGAUUGGAAAUGGGGAAUCCUGGGUACUGCAUCGUUUCUCCGCUGCGGCUGCAGGAUGGCAGCGUCAUUCUUGUUAAUAAAGGGCACCUACCUUUCAAGCUCGCCCACCUGCCACCUUUCCCCAAAGCAGUCGAUGAAGAGAACAAACUACUUGCAAUAUUGCAAAGUCAUCAUUCACUGCAACGGCACAAGGCGACGGCUGAGCAGCAUGAGCAACUUGUAGCAUUACAGCAGCAGCGUAGUAAGGAGAAGUACGUGAACUAUGGCGCACAACAGUAUGUUGAGAAUUUGCAGCGGCUAGCCGGCAGUCGGAUGGAGCCCGUGAGCUCCGUGACAGUGAGAGGAGUACUAGAGCCUGGAGAAUUAGCGAAUUCGAGUUUCAAGGCGCUAAUGUUGAAGAACCGGCCUCACGAAGGCCAUUUCAAUGUGUUGCACCCAGGGGACCUAGUAGAGGCCACUCCAGGCAUUCCAAAUAGGAGAGAGGCAGCACUCCUCAUGGUUAAUGCCUACUCCAUAGUGUACGAUGAAGAUGUGCUAUACCCAGCGGCCAGCGUUGGAGGGGAGGUGAGGGUGGCGAAUCGGUUUAUGAGCUAUGAACAAAAGAAGAAGGAAGACUACCUGCUCUUCUACGCUGAUGAACACACGCAUUUCAACUACGCUUGUCAGUGGUUCCUCAUGGGACUCUGCACCGUCGCAAUGACUAUUUAUAAAAUUGUGGAAGUGUCCAAAUGGCGAUGGUAG